AUGCGUAUUAUAGAGGAUAUCACUCCAGAAGCGAUAUUUGUGCAGCCGGCGCGCAACGAAAAAUAUCGCUCGUUUAAAGAAGUAAUUCUUAACUACUACUCGAAUACCGAGUACGUUCGCACACCGCAGCAGAUUCAGCAGGACCAGUUUAUUUUAUUUGCACGCGUGCAAUGCCAAGCGUGGAUGAUUAUACCAGUAGCUGUACUCAGCCAAUUUUGCUUGGGCUCGCUUUACGCCUGGUCUAUUUUCAACAAACCGAUUGAUAAAUAUCUGUUCGAUGACCCGACAACCAAUCAAGCCCAUAUCACUUUUUAUAUAGCGCUGGGGAUGCUUGGGGCAUCUGGCGCCGUUUUCGGUCCUUGGAUAGAAUCACACUCGCCUCGCAUGUGUGCAGUACUGGCUGCAGUGGUGUUUUUCUCUGGGCACUGCACGGCCGCGCUCGGCCUGGCGUGCAAGGACAUAGGGAUAAUGUACUUUGGAUAUGGCUUUGUCGGUGGCAUUGGCAUGGGGAUAGGAUACGUGACAACCAUUGAUGCAGUUAUACAGUGGUACCCUAAUGCACGCGGCUUUGCGUCUGGGCUGGCCGUCAGUGGCUUUGGCAGCGGCGCCAUGGCCUUUAGUAAUAUCAACGAUUUUCUUGUGCGCACGUUUACCGUUCCGCAGGUUUUUGUGAUUCUGGGCAGCAUCAAUCUUCUCGUCAUGCUUGGCUGCGCCAUGGUUAUGCGCCCGCCACCUCCACACUAUAAUUUGCCAGGGGUGGCUCUUGAAAUGGCCAGAAUGUCAAUUGCCGACAUGCAGCACCGUUCUAUCCAGCAGAAAAUCAAGGGCAAGAGUGCCAAAAUUGGCAGCCAAACCAUUACUGUUGGGUCCAGUUCGGGUGACCCUGUUCUGAUCAUCCCACUGUCAGAGGCCCUUUCGUCGCGCGACUUCUGGCUUCUCUGGGUAGCGUUUUUUAUAAAUCUGGUCUUUGGCGUCGUGAUCAUUUCAAAUUUGGCUAGCAUGUCGACGCACAUGUUUGGCAGCAGCAUGCCUGCGUCCAUCAUAAACCUUGUCACAAUCGCCGGCGCGUUCAACGCCAGUGGCCGCAUGCUGAUGGGUUGGGCAUCGGACUGGGCCGGACGCCGGCGCACAUUUCUAUUCAUCAUCUCACUUCAAAUCACGAUUGUCGCAUGCCUCAUCUUUUUCAUUCCCCGACUCACGUUCUGGCCUUUUAUUGUUUUGGUCUGGCUGGCAACUUUUUGUUAUGGCGGUGGUGUCGGUGUCAUCCCUGCCACAUUGGCAGACAUGUUCGGCGCCCCAAACAUGUCGGCAUGCCAUGGGGUCAUUCUCACCGGCUGGUCGGUAGCUGCGAUCGGCGGGGGGCUUACAUACACCAGCGUGGUCAGCACUUUAACAGAAAAGAAGGGAUACACCCUCAGUGACCCAUAUGUAUAUGUGGUCAAUCAGUAUUGGAUCUUGGCAUUGCUGAUAUGUGGCUGGAUUAUCCUGCUUUUCGUGCGCAUUACUCCCAGAGAGCGAAUGUUCCCGUUUGUGCACGGCCAA